AUGCUCAUUUUAAUGUACAAAUGUCCGAGAUACUUUCAAAAAUAUCGCAUUCUUCUCAUUUUACACGUUUUUGGCAAUUUCUCGUUCGACUUGUUCAUGUCAUUCUUUUGGAAUCCGAUCUUCAUUCUUCCUUAUAUGAUCGCCUGCACAACGGGAAUCGCGUGGCAAUAUCCAUUCGAAAUGUUCCUUUUAUUCAUUAUCAAUAUUAUUUACACCGGUAUCGUCAUUCUUCAUAUGUUCGAAUAUCGGAUGAAAGCAAGUCUGGCGCCGUGCCAAAAUGGUCCAAAAUUAGUGGAGAUCAGCCAAAUUCUCAUCAAAAUUGGUUGCGUUUUGGCGAUUUUGCUCGUGUUGUAUUGUCGCGACAUUUUCGCGAAUUCGGCAAUCAAUCAAAAAUUCAAUGGGACGCCACCCGUCGAGGCGUUCUGCCCGCAAUGCAUUCUCCUCGUUGACUUCAACUUCAUUCCCUGCGCGUUCCUCUUCUUCCUCUCCUCGAUGCUCGUCGCUCACGCGAGUCUCCUCAUCGUCUAUUGCGCGCUCAAUUGCUAUGCGUCGCUGCAAAAAUUGAAGUCGCGCGUGUCGCCUCGAACCCACGAACUUCAGCGUCAAUUCCUACGCGGUUUGCUCAUUCAGAUGUCGGUGCAUUUUGCGUUGCUCGGCUUGCCGACAAUGCUUCUCGUCGUCGCCACGUGGCACCAAUUCGUCUACUCGAAUUGGACUCAUUUGAUUCAUUUCUUCACUAUUCUGAUAUCGGCUCAAGGCGGAAUCUCGACGACGGUGAUGCUCAUUAGCACGAAACCGCUGCUCCGGAAUCUUCUGCAAAAAUUGAAACGCAACACCUCGACGACAAGCGAUUUAGUGAUCAUCAAUGUUUCCUAG